AUGACUCAAACCAACAACUCUCUCUCAUAUCAUCGUCGGACCCCCUCAGGUUCAAAUGGCUCCAAACUGAGAACUGCCCGACCUGUUCUCCAUCGGAAAGGUGCAUCUCUCGUGAACCAUUCUAUCUCCAAGCUGGGUUCCGGGCAAGUGAAGAACUUUCAAUUUGGAGACGACGAUAGGCUACCUGAGAUGGCCGCUAGCUUCCUGAACUUUUGUGCCAUGUGUGAGAGACAGAUUACGGUGCCCGAUAAUACACUACUUUAUUGCAGUGAAAGCUGCCGUCGCAAAGAUUCCCACAAACCUCUCUCAGCUUCCCUCCCUUCUUACAGCUCCAUGUCUAUCACAAGCUCGCCUCCUACUUCUCCCCCCAUGUCUCCUCGAAUAAUUGUCGCACCCUUGACUCCCACCAAGGCUCCUCACAUGCCCACCACAGCCCUCAGGAUACCUGCGGACAUGCACGAUGCCAAGGUAGAUCUUGACCCCACCGAAUGGAAGCCCGUGAUAUCAAAGGAUCCUCGAUACGCAAGUCUGGUGACUUCGGACGCCUGGAAAUACCUGAGUCAAUUCCACAACGACGAUUCGAUGAUCCCUGUUCCUCGCUCUCGGGUCCAGCACCGCAGCUCGGCCAGUCUCUCUACUCUGAUGAGUGCUACUGCGCCGAUUCCUUCUUUGAGCCAUACUCCUUCCACUGCUGCCUCCUCCGUGAGCAGCGACGCUUCGGAUUAUAUGAGCUACGUGCCUGAUGCGACUCGUCGCCCAUUGCCUCCCCGCCGCAACCCAUAUUUCUCUGGAGCUGGAGGAGCCACCAAGGGCGUGGAGCUGGUUGUUCCACAUAUUAUUGAAGCGACAGAUGCCUCGCCCAUGGACAUGUCUCACCAUGGUGGUAUCUGGAGCGAGAAGUACGCAGAGAAAGCUUCUGCACUCGCAACUCUGAACACGGCUAGUCCCGGUAUCUCCCUUGAAUCCAAGGCGAAAUAA